AUGCCUGGUCUCGCGGUUGCCGGAAAUCGCCACAAGCCCCUCGUACCUCGUCACUCCCACCCUUGCUUCAUGUUCAUGCUCUGUGGAAUCAAUAAUAGCAAGAAGGAGACCAGCCUUUCGUGCAAUGAUCGUAUGCUCAUCGUUGCGCGCCGUGGUACCGAGAUUCUUGAGGCCGCCGCGGCUGUCAUCGAGAAGAUGAACAACGAUCGCCACUGGACUCCGGGCGAGAUUUGGCAGGCAGCUCUGAGAGAUCUUUCCGAGAAGGACCCCAAGUGGAAGCGCCCGACCGCCCCAAAGGCGCCAGAGAACGUCAUGGACAUCCUCAUCAAGGCCCGCAUCAAGUUCACCGCGGCUGAGCGAGCAACGCAAGUCUCCUCGAAGGACAUUCAAAGCUUCUUGGAAGUGCUCGACAAGUUUAUCAACAUCCAGUCCCAGCGCAAGUUCUGUUCCCAUUGCCGCCACCAAGUGCCAGCAACCCGCCAGCCUCGCUCCGAUCAAGAAGAUGGCGAUCAUGUGCAGAACCACGAGGACGCCUCGAUCGGAGAUAUGGGUAAUGACUCGGGCGACGAGAAGCUUGGUAAGAAGCCUGAAUUUCCCCACGUUGCCGCCGUCGUCGUCGACGUGACUGCUGUCUACUUUCGCUUCUUUGCUACCGAGGUGCUGACAAGCUGUCCAGUCAUCAAACCAGAGUACGAUCCCACCAUCCCUGACGCCGCCGCUGUUAUGCCACACCAGCCCCCGGUCUCUCCCGACAACAUGAAGCGCAUCCAUGUCUUGGUCGCCGAGAAGCAUGCUCUGAACUCCGAGAAGCGAUCCCUGACAGAGGCUCUCUAG